UGACUCACCAGGCCUAAAUAACUCAUCGUGCCAUUCAUCUACUCGUGGUCUGUAUAUAGAACUAAAUCCAAGAGGUGAUCAUCAUGGGCGGAUCUUCACCUCUUACUUCCUCCCCUUCAUCUCCCUUCAUUACCAUGAAGUCCCUCUUUCGCCCCUUCCCAGUCCCGUUAACCCGACGACAAUGGUUCUACAUCGUGGUCCUCCAAGGAAUCGGUGCUGGACUCAUCGAUGGAGGUAUCAAUUUCGCCAUCGCCUACGCCAUGUAUCAUUCUCAAGAUACGAUUCUCAUGUGGGUUCUGAAGCAUAACACUAUCGCUGGAGAUCUUGGUGUCACGCCGAUCAUCACUUGCGCCGUCAGCAUGUUGAUCACCUCGACGCUGGUUCAUACAGAUCUACAUUCGCAUGCCAUUGCACCAUUGCCAUUUGUCUAUCCCCAUGUCGAGCAUCUCCCGGAUCCAAGACAGAUCUUUGACAAGUCAUUACGCAGCAGCGCGACGAAAGUAGAUGAGAAGAAGGCUUCGGUGGAGUCAUCAGAUACAACGCUUGAUCGACCUCGCUCAGACCUCACCUGGGCAAAAGGCGGGAUAAAAUUCUGGUACUGGAUGCUUGUUCGAUUCGUCUUUGAAGGUACUGAGAAGAAUAUGAUUUGUGCCAAAUUACCUGUUCGCGCUUGGUUCGGCCGAGUCGGUUGGACCGCAGCUCAAGGAGCAGCUAUUGGAAUCAUCUUUGGGUUCCCUUUGUGGUGUCUCGCCAUCGUGAUUCUUGGACCGAUCUACAAAACCAAUAAUAUCCCAAACAAGUGGGCUCCUCAAGUCAUUAAGUUGGUUUAUGGAGCUAUCGUCGGCUGGGUGACCAACCCCAUCAUUGCAGUACUGGCACUUGGUAGUCAGGCAGACUGCCAUUUGGUCGUUGUGGAGCAUGAUGUGGAGCAAGGCGACGUCGGUGUUACUACAGUACCCGACACGAUUCCCGAAGAGGACACAUCUCGACGCUCCUCAGAAGCAAACGACGCCCCUCCAGUCUUCUUACUCACUCCACCGAGAAUGCCAACUUCUCGACGUGGAACUCUAUCCAGCGCUUCUUCAAGCCACGUUCUACCUCGAUCCAGGAGAGCGUCUAGCGUAUCUCGGCCACCUCUGACCGCCAACGCAUCCCACUUGGCCUCAGCGUCAGUCUUCAUCGACCAGGAAGCCUCUCAGAUACAGAUGGCGUCAACGAGUAUCGUCCCUGCUGCCAGCUCGCUCAAGUCGAGACCAACCGCACCACAGAAUCGGAGUCAGAUGAUCCCUCGUCGAACUUCUGACCCGGUCCUGGCCGCUUCUCGCAUUCGAAGCAUAUCAUUAUCUGGAUCGGUACGACCGAAUCAACCGUCAGAACCUUGUCGUCAAUUCUCAUACGCACUCGGCGGUACCGGUGGACGGGCUCAACGUCUGCGAUCAAAUACCAGGACUUCAGCUGCCUCGAAUCAUAUCGGUCCAGAAAGUCCACCUGCAGCCGAAAUCGGACGCUUCGACGCACGAGCACCUCCAGCCACCGCACCACUUCAUAGAGCAGGAAUACAGGAUCUAUUCUCCCCUCGUGAUCAGGACAGUCUUGAUGAUUAGACAUGUCGUGAGAUCGUCAGGAUCACGAGGUUGUGAAAUCUCUUUUCUCCGAGGCACAGUAACAGAUCGUAUAGAUUUCUAUAAUUACAGCAGACGUACGCUCCUCACGAUAUGCUCAGAUCCAAUGUUGUAU